AUAGGGAGUGGUACACAGGAUGCAGGCUUCAAGAGCAAGACUUUUCAAGGAGUACAAAGAGGUGCAGAGGGAGAAAGCAGCGGAUCCAGACAUACAAUUAAUUUGUGAUGAUUCCAAUAUUUUUAAGUGGAUGGCUCUUAUAAAGGGUCCAUCUGAAACUCCGUUUGAAGGUGGAGUUUUUCAGCUUGCCUUCUCUGUCCCAGAGCAGUAUCCUUUGCAGCCUCCUCAAGUGCGGUUCUUAACCAAAAUAUUCCAUCCAAAUGUUCAUUUUAAGACUGGAGAGAUUUGCCUAGAUAUAUUAAAGAAUGCAUGGAGCCCCGCGUGGACACUACAAUCUGUCUGUCGGGCAAUAAUUGCUUUGAUGGCUCAUCCAGAACCUGAUAGCCCGCUGAACUGUGAUUCAGGGAACCUUCUUCGUUCUGGUGAUGUAAGAGGAUACCAAUCAAUGGCGAGAAUGUAUACUAGGCUUGCAGCCAUGCCUAAAAAGCGCUGAAUUGAUGCUGUUACCAUUUAUUUAUGAUUUAUGAAGAAAGUCUACCAAAAAGUGAAGUUUCAUGUUUGAUGAAUGAAUGUGCAACCAACUAUGGAUAAUUACUGUAAAAUUAUCAAAUGUUUGUUGUGUGAUAUAUUAAGCGGGUCUUCAUGUAUAAACCGUAUAUUAAUGAUUUUUUUUUUGUUAUUUUAUUACAGAUUCCAGCCUGUUAGUGUUUUUCUUACUUGGACCGUUGGACUAUAUUGUAAAUUCAUUUCCUCUUUCAUUAGAGGGACUUUAUCAUAUGGUGCACGAAGAUUCAUUAUAAUAUGUAUAAGUUAUGAAAUGAAUUACUAACAUAAGAAAAUU